AUGGAGGCAAUGCUCGACGAAGAGCACGAACAGCUACAGCAGAAGUCUGGCGAUCACAACAGCUAUACCUUCGGUAAGAUUGGCAAGCACAACGUGGUCAUCGCUUGCCUUCCUGGCGGUCAUCAAGGCAAGGCGGCUGCCGCAACACUCGCUGUACACAUGAUGUAUAGCUUCCCCAUCAAGCUCGGUCUGAUGGUCGGAAUCGGUGGAGGUGUACCCAGUCAGGUCCCCGACAUCCGACUCGGUGACGUGGUCCUGGAGUCCGAUGGUUUCCGUCGCAAGGGGCAUUUGGACAAGCCUCCGAAAGCUCUCCUAGGCGCAGUGACGUCACUUCGAGCAAAACAUGAGCGGAAGGAUCCCGACUUCCCUCGAUACUUGACUGCGAUAGCGGGUAACCGCAGGAUGGCGACAAAAUACGGCUUCCAAGGUGCACAGCAUGACCGGUUAUUUGGUGCGGAAGAGAUUCACCCUAAAGACCGUCAAACCUGUGACCACUGCGUAUCAAAUCUCCGGAUGGUCCAGCGUACCGACCGGGACGACGACACGCCUCAGGUCUUCUAUGGCACUAUCUUGUCAGGGGACCUGGUGAUGAAGAAUGGAGAAGAAAGAGACAGAAGAGCGGCAGCGGAUAAGGCUAUGUGUUUCGAGAUGGAGGCGGCAGGCUUGAUGAACGACUUUCCUUGCUUGGUGGUCAGAAACAUCUCGGACUAUUCGGACUCGCACAAGAACGACAGAUGGCAGCCGUAUGCAGCGGCGACGGCGGCAGCAUACGCGAAAGAGCUUUUAGGUGCUUUGAGUGUGCAAGAAGUCGAGAAGCUCGGGCCUGCGAACAAGCAUAUAGUCGCUUUCAGCUUAAAGGGUGUACCCGCCAUCGAUCACUUUGUGCAACGAGUCAAUGAUAUGCAAAAACUGGAGGAACAUUUCUUCCCUCAGCAAUUCCAUCUCGCUCGUCGCAAGAUGUUUGUCGUUCACGGUCUUGGUGGCAUCGGCAAGACGCAGCUUUGCGUCGAAUUCGUUCGGCGACAUCAUGAAAAGUUUAGUGCAGUAUUCUGGCUCGAUGGGUCGUCGGAAGAUGCUCUGCAACGGUCCUUCAUCGAUGUUGUUGCAAGGCUUCCUGCUGAUGAGGUGCCGCUAGGUCUCGUCCGUGCUGCGGAACAAGCCAGUCCGGAUCAGCGUUCCAUUGUACGAGGCGUACUGGACUGGCUGUCUCUGGCGUCCAACCGACGAUGGCUCCUUGUUGUCGACAACGUCGACCGUGAUCACACGACCAAAGAGAAAGAUCCCCAGGCUUAUGAUCUUAAACAGUAUCUCCCAGCAGUAGACCACGGUAAUAUGCUUGUCACAAGCAGGCUAUCGACGCUGACGGCACCUCGAAACAGCCUACGCCUUACCAGGGUUGAUCGUGACCAAGGUCGAGCCAUUCUGGUAGCUACGGGUGGAGAAAACGUGUUAGCGCAAGACGACAGUAGCGUGGAUGCACUGUUGGAGAAGCUAGGAGGACUUCCUCUUGCUCUGACACAAGCCGGAGCCUACAUUAGCCAAACAGCUGUGAGCAUCAAUCAAUACCUGGAGUACUACGACAGCACGUGGAAAGUCCUGAUGGAACUGCAAGACGAGUAUCCAUUGCAAGAGUAUGCACAACGAAGUGUGUUGACGACCUGGAGAAUAUCUUACGAGCAAGUGAAGAGCCAGAGCGAGGAGGCCAGCAAUCUGUUGCAACUCUGGAGUUUCCUCUAUGCUGGCGACCUUUGGUAUGAGCUUGUUGCUUGUACUAAAGAACUUCGACCAGAGACUGUUGUGCCGGGCUGGCGAACAGUGCUGGCAUAUGAUAAGCUGAGAUUUGACCGCGCUUUGGCGCUGCUCAUCAAAUACUCGUUAGUGGAGGGAAGAACAGAGACAGCAAGCUACGCUAUGCAUUCCGUUCUACACUCCUGGUGCCGCUAUCUAGGGGGAAGCGAGAUUGAGAGAAGCUCAUUCCGGAAGCUAGCGGUAGACACAGUUGGACAGAUGGUACCCGCCGAGAGCAUGCAGGAGUACUGGAUUCUUCAGAGAAGACUACUGCCGCACGGCCAGGAAAUUCUCAAAGGCAUAGAGCAAGAGACACAUACAGAAAUAGAUGUCAACGAAUUAUGGGCAUAUGAGAAGCUAGCCCGCAUGUUUGCAGAUCAAGAUCAACACGCGGGGGCAGAAGAGAUGUACGGGCGAGCACUAGCCGGGUACGAGAAGGCAUUCGGGCUCGAGCACACGUCUACACUUAACACAGUCAACAACCUAGGCAAUCUCUACCGCCGCCAAGGCAGGCUUGCAGAAGCGGAAGCGAUGUAUGUGCGAGCUCUAGCCGGCAAGGAGAAAGCACUCGGGCCCGAGCACACGUCUACACUCGGGACAGUCAACAAUCUAGGCAACCUCUAUGCCGACCAAGGCAGGCUCGCAGAAGCAGAAGCGAUGUACAAGCGAGCACUAGCCGGGUACGAGAAAGCACUCGGGCCCGAGCACACGUCUACACUUAGCACAGUCAACAACCUAGGCAAUCUCUACCGCCGCCAAGGCAGGCUUGCAGAAGCGGAAGCGAUGUAUGUGCGAGCUCUAGCCGGCAAGGAGAAGGCACUCGGGCCCGAGCACAAGUAUACCAUUGAAACAGCCCAGGACCUAAGAGCCCUGCGAAUGUUGCCUAGAGAGCCUGCUGCUAUUGAUAAAGUGCCUGACUACUGGACUGUUUUGUCCGAACGUCCUAAUUCUCGGCUCGCACAGGAUGCAACCCUUCUGUCUCCCCUACCAACAACUCCCAAUCUGAUAUCCGGAGUUGAAGAAAAAGAAAAAAAGCAUCGAUCACGCAAACGGGACGCUUUCUUUAGGAAACUUCGUCUUCGUUAG